UCGAAUUUUUUGGCUCACACGCACAGCAGGAAGAGCGGUGCCCCACACGCUCCGUAUUGAUCGACUCUGCAUCCUCCUUUCGGACGGAUGCUGGGAGGAUGCCGCCAUGACUCUGCGCACCGGAUUUCACCCGUAACCUUUAUCCCGUAUUCAACCAGAGACAGCACUCGAAGGAACGGCCCCGUUGACCGGUGGGGUGUCUUCCAGCAGCAUGGCGUGCGACGGCCGCCUGGACGGUGCCGUGCGUGCUGUUCAGCGAGCGUGCUGCCUAGGCCGGCGUUUCAACUGGUGCACCCUGGAAGAGUGGCCCAAACGAUGUGUGCUCGUCUUCCUGCUUUUCUUAGGCUUUUCGCUGAGCGCGGGAAUACGACGGUCCUUCACCGAAGCGGCUUUCAGUCUGCAAGAAGAAGCCCAUUUUAAGGCUCUCAACAACGAAACAUCCAUGAGCGACUGGAGCACGGAAUUCAUUCGAUCGAUGCAGUCCACCUUCACGUGGGGCCUCUUCAUCGGCCAUGUGAUUGGCUCGGCCCUCGCCUACAAGUACCCCGCCAAUGGGGUGUUCGCUGCAGCAAUUGCGCUAGACUCUGCGCUGCAUCUGGUCGUGGCAGGAGUGAUGCAGGUUCACCAAAUGUUCCUCAUCUCGCUUCUCUUUCUGCAAGGAGUGGCUGAUGGAGUAACAUUCCCUGCUUUCCUGGGUCUUUUACGGUACUGGGCCCCUCCCAUGGAGCGAACACGAAUGUUUACAGUAGGAUACGCUGGACUUCACUUUGGCAGCCUACUUAGUUACCAGGUGUUCACGCUCUUCAGAAGGGUACUGAGCUCAACUGCUGGCCUUUAUUUCUAUGGCACCGUGGGUAUCCUGUGGGUCCUGCCCUGGUUCCUUCUUGUCUCCGAGUCUCCGUCGAAACAUCCAACGGUUUCAACGCGAGAGAAAAUAUACAUAGUCGAUUCCCUUCAUCAACACGAGCGGGUACCGUUCUCGCAAAUUCGGUUACCGAUGAAGUCUAUACUGUCUUCUGGUCCAGUGUGGGCAAUCUUAGUGGCUUCAUUCAGCAGGACAUGGACAUUUAAUACGCUUCUGCACAUUAGCAAGUGGCACUAUGGCGAUGAGGUUCGCUACACAAAGGAGCUCUCAUAUUUCCUCAUGAUGAUCUCCGUUUGCAUUAGUGGAUUUUUGGCUGAUGUAUUCCAAGAGAAAAACAUCAUGACCACAUCGACGGUUCGAAAAACAUUCGGCGGCACUGGACUACUCGCUGAAGGCGUGUUCUUCUUGUCCUUGGUGUGCCUUGGUCCUACAAACGCGGCAAUGGUCCUCUACUUCAUGGCCAUGGCUGUCCGUGAAAUUGCUGUGGCCGGUGAGUUCCGAGCGGGAUGUAUCAGAUAA